GUGCCACUUUCAGGUCUCCUCACACUGCUGUUGUGUUCCAUUUUUUGUCAUAGGGUGCUGGCAGAUUACGGGCCUCCCAUUGCUGCUGCCAGGCCCGUAAUCUGCCAUGGGCCCCUGUACCGCCUCCUCAUGCUGCUGCCAGGUCCAGAGUCUCUCAUGGGUCCCUGUACGGCCUCCCAUUGCUGCUGUCUCCAUCGCCACACUCUGCCAUGUGCCACUUUCAGGUCUCCUCACACUGCUGGUGGUUUUCAUUUUUGUCAUAGGGUGCUGUAUGGCCUCCCAUUGCUGCUGCCUCCACCGCCACACUGUGGCUCCACACUCUGGUUUUGGCCCCGUGACUGCCCAAAUGAGUGAAGUGUGCGGUGAUUCUAAGAUCAACGGCACUCAUCUGCAUGUCAUACUG